AUGGGGUGCAGGGGAGAGGGCGUGGGGAGAGGUGGGGGCACCCUGAGCUGCUGCUGUCCGGCUUCCAGGCUAAACGAGGACAACGCCCGCUUCGCCCUGCUCGCCCUCUUCAUCCUGGGCUACCUGGCGCUGGGAGCCGCCGUCUUCUCGGCCAUGGAGCGGCCGCUGGAGGUGCUGGCUGAGCGGGCGUGGGGCCGCCGUCUGGACAACUUCAGCCGCAGCCACAACAUCAGCCGCCCGCUGCUCGCCGCCUUCCUCCGGGACUACGAGAAAGCCCAUGGAGCCGGCGUCAGGGUGGAGCCCGUCCGGCCCCGCUGGGACUUCCCUGGAGCCUUCUACUUUGUCGGGACCGUGGUGUCCACUAUAGGUUUCGGGAUGACCACGCCAGUGACCCUCGGCGGGAGAGUCUUCCUGAUCUUCUACGGCCUGGUGGGAUGCGCUGCCACCAUCCUCUUCUUCAACCUGUUCCUGGAGAGGACCAUCACCCUGCUGGCCUACGUGCUGCGCUGGUUCCACCAGCGGGGGCUGGAGCGGGGCGGGGGGGCGGGGGGACCCUCCUCCCACAGGCCGUCCAACCUGUCGGGGGAGGUGGACAGCUUGGACAACUGGAAGCCUUCGGUCUACUAUGUGAUGUUGAUCCUGGGUUUGGCUUCCAUGGUGAUCUCCUGCUGUGCCUCGGCUAUUUACUCACCCAUGGAAGGCUGGUCCUACGGCGAGUCUCUCUACUUCUGCUUCGUGGCCUUCAGCACCAUCGGCUUCGGCGACCUGGUGAGCAGCCAGCGGCAAGCCUACUCCAACCCGGCGCUCUACCGGGCCGGCAAUUUCCUCCUCAUUCUCAUGGGCGUGUGCUGCCUCUACUCGCUCUUCAACGUCUCCUCCAUCAUCAUCAAGCAGUUCCUCAACUGGAUGUUGAGGAGGAUGGAGUGCCGGGGGUGCCGGCAUGGGCGGAGGAGGAGGAGGAGGCCGAGGGCGCACUGCAAUGCCGUGCACCCGCUGGCCGGCAAGUCGCGCGGGGGCCGCGUCUCGGUGGAGACGGUGUGUGACAGUGAGACGGAGGAACGGCGCCUGUCGGGGGAGAUGAUCUCCGUCAAGGACUUCCUGGCCUCCAACAAGGUGUCCCUGGCCAUCAUGCAGAAACAGCUCUCCGAGACGGCCAACGGCGGCCCCAGGCAGAGCCACGCCCGGUGCAACGGGUUCCCCGGAGGGGUUGGCGCCCUGGCCAUCAUGAACAACCGGCUGGUGGAGACCAGCGUGGACAGGUAACCUCCGGGGCUGGAAAUGGACACACUAAUGCUGGAGUAACUCAG